AGUAGCUAAGCGUAUGGCGAGGAGGCCAACAUGGCGCACCUCAAUCAAAAAGCGUUUGAACGCAAGCUGCAGAAUAUGUCGUCCACGCAAGACAGUAUUCAAACAGUCUCGCUUUGGAUGAUUCACCAUAAAAAGCAUGCAGAAGACAUGGUGGCUGUGUGGCUGGAGCAGCUGAAGAAAGGUAGCGCUUUGAUAAUUUUGUUCUUCCAGCAGACCCGUCGAGGCUGCGAUAAAAUGAAGUUUCGUUUCCCGGCACGUUCAGCCGGUGGUCAUUGAAAAAUGUAACAGUCGAAUUCUAUUUUUGUUUCAGCUUCAAAGGCAGACAGACGGCUGAUGUUAUUUUAUUUAGCGAACGAUGUUCUUCAAAAUAGCCGCAAGAAAGGAAAGGAAUUCUCCAACGCUUACACCAAGAUACUUCGCGAUUCUAUGCACCUUUUGAGGUUUGUCCGAGUUUCCUGUCCUGUGUGAGAUAUGUAUCCGCCUAAACAUGUUCACAGAUCACCCAGUAUCUCAUUUAUACUUUCAACUUAAUUUCAGUGACAAAACUAUCAAGGCUAACGUCCAGCGGGUCAUUAAAAUCUGGGAAGAGAGAAGGUUGUUUGAAAAGGAUUACCUCGAGGCCUUAAAAACCAAACUUGGUAUGAUCUUAUUUUGUAAAUACCUUUUGGUGUGCUAAUUAGUUCUUUAAUUGUCUAUUUUAAGAACAUAAUUGUUGGCAGUUUACUGCAUAAGUAAACAUCUACUGCAUGCAACGUUGCUCUCUAUAAUUUUUGUUCCACUUUGUUUCUCUUACACCAGGUGUUUGAUUGAUUGUGUACAGUUGACUUAAUGCUGGUCAGCUGACCCCCUCCCCCAUAUGUAGUAAGAAAUAGUAGUCUUGGUUGCUUUUUGUCAUUAGGCUCCAGCUGUACAGAUCACCCAUGUAAAAUUCAAUUUGUUGCGUUACUCAUUGUACCAGCUACUGUAAUCGAAAUCUGUGCCAAUUUUGAUUUCAUGGGUAAUGUUAUUCCAUUGAUGAUGGUAGUCUAGUCUCCUCUAAAACACUGAAAUAAACAUGAAAAAGAUCGUAUUGCAUCAUUAUCAGUACAGUCAACUCCCUUUAUAGCGUACACUGUAGUGACCUCAAGUUAGUGUCCUUAUUAGUGAGAGGCCAUAAUAGCGGGAGUUAAUUUCAGUCAAACAUCUGCAAUUUAUUUUUGCCAGGGAUUUAGUUGCUGUCUGUAUUAUCGGGGUGUCCGUUAUAGCGGGGUACGGUCCGCAAGGCGAGAGUUGAGUGUACAGAAACUUUCACCUGUUCAUUGUUAUGACACUCACUCUGCAAUGAAAUAUUUUGAGAAAGAUACAAUUUUAAGUGAAUCUUUCUAACCUUUCAAAAUAUAAUAACAAUGUCAUUCACUACCACUCAACAUUAAGUUAAACCCAUCACCAGUAGAUGGGUGUGGGGAAGGUGCUUGGUCAAACUAGGGGAGCCAUAAGUGAGCACAGAAGGUAACCAUAACAACACUGUGAGGCUUAACCACCAGGAACUAUCACACUGAGAAACUCAGUGGAGAGUUUUGCAGAUACAUGUACUAAGCAAAGGACAUCCUGAGGGAAGGGAGGUCUGGGAGCAUAAACAGCUUAAGUGACUGCAUCAGAGGGCAAUGUGAGCAAAAUGAUUGACGUCAGUGAAAACGCUGUAAAAUUACUGGAGUCCUGCAAAUGCCCAAAGACUGUCCCAGAUAUGAUUAGUGAUGGUGACCUGCAUUGUCUUAUAUUUCACCUCGCCAAAAUUACAUUUAGUUGUUUUCCUUAAGGAGAAGAGAUGGCACGUUUUGCCACAUGUUGGAGUUUCCAACGUGCUUUCUUUACAUGUAGCAUGUGAAAAAUUAUUACAUAGUGCAUCUCGCAAGAGGGUGGUAUGUCACGUUUGAGUGGAACUAUAAUGUACAUGAACAUUCUGUUCAAUGUCUGUUGUUCUUCCUGAAAUAUCUUGAUAUUUCAGAGUAAUGUUGAAAACCUAUAAAUAUUUUUUAUCUCUCUUACCAGAGUCAGCUAAUGUGCCUGUUGUUAGCAAAAGGGCGAAAGAAAAACCAGUGGAGAAAGAAAAAGAGAAAGAGAAGGAAAUCAAACCACAAACUAAACAGAAGAGAUUGCCUCCAGCAGACUUCAAGGUACCAUGUUUACCCUUGGAUAAUAUGCACCCAUCCAGUGAUUUUGUUACAAAUAGUUGUGAUGAAUCCUGGGACUCAUCUUGUGAAAAAUCAUGAGUCCCAGUCCAAAAAACAACCACACAGUCUGAAGACAGACUCCAAAACUCUGUGUUACAGUUUACUGAAAGAAAAAUAUACUCCUUCUAUUGUAAAGCACAACAAAGACUUAAAUAGGUGUUGUUUAACAACAGCCACAAGAACAGCGACAGAAAUCACACAAACAGGAUAUUCUCCAAAAAAACAUCUUUAGAUCGAUGAAUUGAUCUUUGUGUCCUACGGGAUACAUACCACAAAUUAUUUUGCUUCUGUGGGGAUUUUUAUGCGACAGGAUACAGAGGUAACAAAAUCACUGCCCAUCUAUAAUACACCCUAAAUCUUACUACAUUUUGGUAAAAAAAGAAACUUGAGACAAAAGGAAGGAAAAAUAGCCACAUAGAACUUUUUCCGCUUAUUCAUCUUCAGUUUUUUCUGUUUUCUGAAUCUGAAAUAAUUCAUAUCUUCAAAGAAUAAGCCUGUUAGAAGGUAAAUAGAAAUACUUCUUCCAAGAUGGUGGUUAUGUGACCUGUUCCUUUGAUAUGAAGUCUAGCAUUUCUUUGGUAGUUUGCUCAUACACGGUGGGCAUAUAGGACAAAAAAAGUGUAUGCUUCGAACUACUUUUGCAUUUUUUAUUUGUUUGAGCCCAAACUUUGCAGGAUGGUGGAACUUUGUAUUCCAAAAAAUCCUAUGUUUUUCAAUUUCACAAGAUUGACACAAGAUUGACAACAAAAUUUAAAUUUCAAGUUAUGGCAAAAGAAAUAAAUAAUCUUGAAAGAGCGUGACGUGAGAGAAGGAAAUGUGAAAAAAAAUUUUGGAAAAGCUCAAUUGCUUUAGGAGAUAUAACAUCUUGAAUUGUACUUAUGUUUCUAAAAAUAGAAACAAAAUGACGCAAAAUUCAAAAAUCAAAGCUUAAUAACUCUUUAAUCAAUCGAGCUCUUCAAAAAAUUUUUUCACAUUCUAUUCUAUCUUGUUGUGCUUUUUUAAAAAUUAUUUGUUUCGCCAUAUCUUGAAAUUUCAAUUUUGCUCACAAUCUUGUGACAUCAUUUUGCCACCAAAAACCGUUAAAAUUGUAAAACAAAAAAACGCAGGAUUUUUAAGAAUACAAAGUUCUACCAUCCCGCAAAGUUUGCGCUCAAACGAAUAAAAAAUGCACAAGUAGUUCCUAGGAUGCACCUCUUUGCACCCCAUGUGCCCACCGUGAUAGCAGAGAGCUUCUAAAUUUGGAAUAACAUAGACAAUGUUUGUCUGUCACCUUUUAGUUGCAAAAAUCACUUCUUCUUUUCCUGUUUCUCAUCUCCUGAGUGGUCUUUUGUUCAUUUAAAACAAGUAUUGUUUAAUCUAAGGUUUAUUCUUGAACAGUACAGCUGAAACCUGCUUUGUGCAUAACCUGCCUUUACGUAAGAGAUAGUGACAAAUUGAGUAAAAAUUCAAUGUAGCAAGUUAAAUAUCUGUUUGUCCCACAUUUUUUUUUUCAAAAAAAUGACAUUAUCUCCUCCCAACUCUGUCUCCUUAUGUCCCAUAUAUCAACAUGUUGUAAGAUUUUACCGUUUGUGUUAUUUUUGUUUUAGCCGUCUAAACUGAUAGAUGCCCUGAAAGCUUUAAGAAACUUUGAGGGUGAACUAAUACUUAAGGAAUCUCAGUUGAAUUCCUUGAGGAUUGAUGCAUCUGAUUUGGAAAGUGUGCGUCAGUUGAAAGGUUUGUCCUCAUUUAAAAUACCAGUUUUAUGACAAAAAGAAAUUGCUUGAGAAUGCAAUAAAUUUAACUGUAAUGUAACAUAAUGGGCAUUGAUGUAUUAAUGUUAUUGUCACAUCUUGAAAUGGAUUGUUUAUGAUGUUUCUUUGUUAAAAAAUUUUGUAUUUCAUUUUAGAAGCGGUUUUGACAGGUCAUCAUUUUUGGCUUUUGUGGAAUUUUUGAUGCAAUUUUUACUUUUCAUUGAAUUGCAAAUUAUGAUGACCAUUUUGUAUAAAACUUUAUGUUCAUUAAGUAGUCUUUAUAUAAAAAUGCUUGUGCUGAUCAGCAUUCCAUCAUAUUCCAUUAUAUCAGUCAUUCAACCUGUGAGGCUGAAUUCAAAGCCCUCCCAACUUUUCAGUUUGUAUUUUACUACAGUACGAUUAAAGGUCCUUGCAGGUGAUAAAUUCCAUGCGUUCAAGUUGUCAUUUCCUCCUGAGCCAUUGCACAUUUUAAAAAACUUAUUAUACUCUACCCCUAGCCUGUUCAGCCUGGCUUCUAUUGAGAAACCCAUCAUGAGUACAAUUAAUAUACAGCUGUAUUUCAUUCUCUCACGCCCUUAAAAAAGUAGAUCAUAUGUUGUAGAUAAUUGAAAUAAAUGAUGAUGAUGAUUGUAUUCAAUGUUUACAUAUGAAACGGCUAGCUGCACGGCGAAUUACAAUGUAUAAAGUCCUAUAAUUAGUUACAGAUAAAAACACAUUCUACCGGUUUAUCUUAUUUUAAGCGACUGAAGCCAAUCCAAUGUUUAAGCGUUGUUAAAAACAACCAGUGAUAAGGUUUAAACAGUGAUUAAACAGUGAAUAACAAAAGCGAAAGCUAGUUUCAAAAACGUGCUUUCAAACUAGUUAACGAUUUUGCAUUAACGCAAAAAACGGGCGUGUGUUUUUCGUGUCCGUUGGUCGCUUAUCUCUGAGCUGUACUGUAGAUAGCCCUAUUGCAUUUUUAUUAUUUUAUAAUGAACUGUUUUUAGAUUAUGGUAUCUGUGCAUGGGGCAACUGUCCACAGACCUACCUCAAUAAGAUACUUGUUCUGCAAAAACGUGCACUGCAUUUAAUUUAUUUUUCUAAACCCAGAGACCAUGCAAUCCCUUUUUUUAUUGAAUCAAACUGCCUUCCUUUGCAGUCUUUGUUCUUUCAACAGUUAAACUAUUUAAUGUAUGACGUUCAUGCUAAGACAGCUCCUAAAAGUCUUCUCGAUAAGUUUGUGAAAAUCAAUACAAAACACCAUUAUAAUACGCGAUUAUCUACAAAAGAAUGUUUCUCUGUCAAAUUCUCUAGAGCUGAAAAAAUGAAAAAAUUUUUUACUACCUUCUGUUAAGACUCUCAACUUAUUUAAUUUUCGUAAAAAAAUUAAAUCACUACCCCUUAAUGUUCUAGGUAAUGAAGAUAAUUAUUAAAUUAUUUAAUAGAAUAUUUUAUGAAGUUAACCUGAUAUGUUGUAUAUACCUCCAGUUGUAAUUUUAGUCUUUUUUAAAUAACAAAGUCCCCUGUACUUGAAUUUUUAUGUAAGGUGUUUCUUUCUGUAUGCUAUUGUAUUUCUUUUCUUUUCUAUUUUCUUAUGUAAUUCAAUAACGUCUCUAUUCAAAGUCUUGUCCUGCCUAGAUUAGCAUUAUAGCUAUUUGCAGGACAUAAAGUAUUGUAACUUUAUAUGUCUUUAAAUAAAUACAUUGUUGUUGUUGUUGUUGUCACUAUGGUACUAAUUAAUAUUAAAACAAAUGUAUUAUUGUUAUUUUAUUUAACAAGCACAGGUACAGAUGUAAUGUAAGGUUGCCUUGUUUUGUCCUAGAUCGCACUGGUGGUGGAAAAUUUUGUGAAGAAUAUGAACUGGCCACUGCCAAACUUGAGGAGUUUUCAGAAAUACUGCGACGAGAGCAACAAGAGAGACUUGAUGUAAUUAAAGCAUUAGAGGAUGGGGAAGCUUUCUAUGAUACUUCGUACGGAGAAGUAAAAGUGAUAGUGCAUGUAAGUGGAAUGGGGUAUUAUUAUGAUAAUCAGGUAUACAUGUAGCCUCUGUGUGGUUAAGCUACUGUUAUAUGGGGGCACAUUGGUGGCUCGUUUUUUUAGGGAGCUACGUGUACAUAUAUGUCAAGCAAUUUCGCCAUAUUCAAGCAUUACAAAUCAGUUGUGUAGGAGCUGCUGGGAAGGUCUCUCCUGAUUGGUCACAGAAAACAAUGACAUGUCAUUCUUUCAAUUGUUUCAGUAUUGUUUGGGGUCAGGGUUAGGCACCAUUGGUGACUUCUUUUCAGAGCAGCUGCUACAUGACCCUUACAAACAGGAGGUGACCCCCAAACUGAGUGAAAAAUAAUAUAUUAGUUUUGUUGCUUUGAAAAAAUUGAAGAAGAUUUACACCAUUUGCAGACUCCAUUUAUUUGAAAAACUGGCGGUUUUAAGUUCUUUGUACUUGUGAGUUUGAAUCAUAGUUUCAGAGACAUAUGUUUUGUGUAUUAUUGUGAGUUUCAGUGUGAGUAACAUUGUUAGUCAAUCCUUAGAUCUUUAAUAUUGGUUUCCAUGCCAUGCUAUUGUCACGUACAUCUACAUUACAUUUAUAUUAGGGUGCAUAUAAUGUUUGAAAUAUUAGAGAUUGACAAACCAUUUUUGUCGUCAUUGCUUGUUGUCAGUAUAAGGGACAAUAAUUUUAGUAUUGUCUUUUGUUGAGGGUUUUCCGAUGAAGACUGUUUCAUGAAGGAUUUAUUUCUUAUUGAAGUCAUUUGGUACAAACUACUGUAAGAAUAGUUUUUCUACCAUGUUUCUUACUUGAUAACCAUUCUCCAAGCCAAGGAAACUUGUCUUUCAGUGGAAAGCUUAUUAGUGUUCCAAAACAAUGAGAUGGUGGCCUUGUUAGUGUUUUAAACCGGUCCUGUAGGAGUUUAACCUUUUUCUUAUGUAAACACCUAACUUUCUUUUGUUCCAAUAAAUUUGCAUACUUGUAGCUGCAAGCCAUGUUAGUAGAAAAGCUCUGUUGCAUUUAGGUAUAUGAUACCCUGAAUAGACAUUAUUUGACAGUCCCUUUUGUAAACUCCAUCUUUAGGCUUACAAGACGUUUGGCAAUCGCCUUACUUCACUGAAAAAGAAAGUUGAUGCCAAGGUUAACAGGCUUGCUGAAAAAGCAGCAGAGAAAGCCAAAACAGGUCCUGUGACAGCACCACAAGCUUCUUUUUUGAGUUCAGGUCUUCCUGAUGUUGAAGUAGGAUCAGCAUCAUCUACCCCUUCACAAACACAACAAGAAACAGUUAAAUCUCCCGAUGAAGAAAAACUCAUCGAUCCCACAGUAGACAACAUUGAAGUCGCCGACAUGGAUGUGGAUUCUGACAGUGAGAAAUCAGACACAAGUGAGGAAGCAACAGUGGAAGAUCCCAAAAGUAGUAACGAUCAAACUCCCAACUCUACCGAAAGCUCGGAUUCACAAACAGCACAGACUACUCCAAAAGAAUCUGAAACUACUCCAGUAAUUUCUCCUGCUGCCAGUGUGGCUCCUGCCCAACCACUUACCCCGAGUAUGGUUUCCGUGAUGCCAUUGCCUACCUCGUUAUUAGCAAAUCAGGGGCCAGUGGUUGCUGCGCCUCAGCCUGCAGUUGGAAUGGUAAUUCGUCCAUUUGUGGGUGUACAGGGUCCCCGUUUUCAUGGUCCUGCACCUCAGUUUAGACCUGGAGUUCCUCCGGUACAACCUCUUCCUGGUAUACCUCAGAAUCCAUUGUUGCAGCCAUCAGGGAGGUUAGCUGCGCCUAGGCAACUCUCGAGUCAGGGACAACCCUUUUCACAAAUACCUCAACCAGCCGGUCUACUGCCUGCUACUAAUACACCAAUACCACGUGGCAUUGGGGCAAUGCAAACGUUUGCACUGGGUACUGGCUUUGUACAGAGCCAAGCACCAUUGCCAGUUGCAGCAACAACUGUACCAGCACCUGUUCAGAUGACACCUAACUUAGUCCCAGUCGGUGAGACAAGUCAAGUUAGUGGUGGACCAGCAAAGAAUGUUGCUAGUAUAGGAUCACCUGAUUCAGAGGCGUCUGCUCCAUCACCAGUAGGAUCACCAGAGCUGCACUUAGAGGAAGGUGAUGAGACACCAGAGACAACUCCAGCUCCCCUCGGUGAUGUAGAUGUUAAAGACAACACUGGUUUCGACACUAACAAGUCAUUUUUAGAAACUCAGGUAAAGAACCCGACAUCUAGUUUGGGACUUGGUAUCACUGGGACUCCCCCUACGGCUCAAGCUAUUUCCGAGGCUUCCUUAUCUUUCAGUAGCACACCAUCUAAUUCUGGCCAGUUUGGAGCACAGCAACAGGAUGCGACGUUAGUGAAGAAAGACAGUGGACAAAACGUGAGUGCUGUUGACAUCUUGGCACAGCUGCUCAGUAGAGGAAGAAAGUUAAAGGAAUCAGCUGACCCAGAAAAUCCCCCUGCGUCUGUACCUGUUACCCCCAUAGUUGCUGCCUCUGCCACCACCAGUGAUGACUCCGGAAAUCCACAGGCUAAACCGCUUUUGUCUUUAAUUGACUCUUUAUUUCCCAAACUCAGUGACUCUAUAAAAACUCUUAAAGAAAAGGAACAGUCUGUGAAUCCCCCCGCGACACAAGAUCACCCUCCAAGCAUGCCAGGUGAUAGCGCUCCCACCACUUUACCUGCUCGUCCCUUGCCCGUAGAAGGCCAAUUAAUGCCCCAUCCUAAAGGCAUUGUACGGGAACCGUCUUCAUCCUUGCAGACAGGACUAAAAAGCAUUCUCAAAAAAGGACCCAGGAAAGACCAAGACCAGCCCGAAUUUGAGACAAACCAGGAAGGACCUACGCCCUCCAACUUGUCAGAAGAAGUGCAAAUGGGAAUGCCUUUCGAUGUGCGCCCUGGUGUUGCACUUUCUGGUCAUGGUCAUGAUUUGCGACAGUUGGAGCUGCAUGGUAUCCGACCGCUUGCCAACACUACUGGCGCGAUGCCUGCAUCAACAAACCAUCUUACUCAACCGGGACUAAACUUACAAAAUCCUUCUGUCAGAGGAGCUAUCCCACAAGAAAGGCCUUUUGGUCGACCACUGGACCUGUCACCCCACGGCCCACCCCCAUUUGGACAUGGUGGCCCUUUCCAAGGGCCCCGUGGUCCUCCGUUUGACCAGUCCAGAGGAAUUACAGGGCUACCAUUUACUGAAGGGCCAACAGAUAUGCCAGGACCACCUCGUGUUCAUUCACCCAGAGGUCCGUCAUUUGAAAGACGUGCUGAAGAGCCACCCGGUCGUGUGCCCACUGAUCAAACUCUACGUGGCCAUUCUCCUAGAAGACCACCAGAUGCGCCUGAACAAAUCCCCUUACACCGUCCUCCACAUGGCCAUAUUCCAAGGGGUCCUCCAUUUGAAAGACGACCUGAAGGGCCACCUGACAUGCCCGGUAAAGGAACUACUGAUCAACCACCUCACCGUCUUUCUCCAAGGGCGCCGCCCGCAGAAGUACCGGAACACACACCACCCCAUGGUCCACCAAGGGGUCCAUCAGCAGAUAUUUCGGACAGAGUACCCCCAAACCAGUCACCUCAUACUCAACAGAGACCUCCAGAAAAUGUGCAUCACAGAUCGGUCGCAGACUCCGCUCCUCCGCAUUCUGGUGGGAACAAGCCAUCAGAAGUACCAGCAGAUGAGAGCCAUCCAAGCGGUAAAGACCAGGGCAGUCACAUGGAUGGACCCCCAGGGAUGAGGAGGCUUUCAGCCGAAAAUGCAGCUAGAGGUCUUCAUAGGCAACCACCCCAUGAGAAAAUGCCCAGAAGUGAUGGCCCGCCGCCUCACCGUGCAUCUUUUCCUGGGGCCAUGGAGGACCCUGAGCGGCGAAGAGAGUUUGAGCCCUGGGAAGAAUAUCGAAGAGAGCGGUAUAGAGAUCAUCCGAGGGGCCCAUGGGACUUUCCUCAUGAUCAUCCAGGGCACCCUUCUUCUGAAUGGAGGGGUCCACCUGUUUUACAUCGCGGUGAUCCAAAUGGAGGAGAUUUUCGGGAAGACGAUCCUUCUAUGUGGACUUCAUUUGAUACCCCAGAAAACAUACCUCGUCAGUUUGAUUUUCCUAGUAGAACUCGUGAAAGAUUUAGAGAAGGCCCUCAUGACUUUGAUAGGUUUCGCGGUUAUGGUCCACCCGAAAGAAGGCGGCACUCUAUGGGAGACUUUGAAGGUGACUGGGUGCGCUAUCCAGGACCUUUGAAAAGACCCGGGCCUCCACCUGUUCCAUUUCCGGGGCCUUCAAAGCGCCCCUAUUUCUAAUUUUCUAACAUGAAGUUUUCUCUCUAUGAUUCUCCUGGACAUCCAAGACUUGCAUUGGAAAUAAUACUGUGAAAUUUAUAACGCAAUCGUCGUCUUGCUCAAACUCGAGGGUUAUCAUGAAUUUCUCGUAUGGUACAUACGUUUCUUUAAUUUCUAUGUAAAAUUCUUUAGUUCUUUAAUACCCUCAUCCCCAAGAGUGGCAGAGGUAGGACGCGAAAACUGAAAAAGAUUAACGCAAGGCGGGGCUUUUGGCUUCAGUGUAAACGCCGAUACAUGUACGUGGAGUUCGUAUCCCUUUCAGGGAAGAUUUUUCAUCAUUUUGUGGGACUUUCAGUUAAACUUUCUGUCAGGUUCUGUUUUCUGUGUGAUUUACAGUUAGCGUUUCGUAAGAGUCUAACAUCUCCUAAUGUAUCUUUUCCCCUCCCACACCCCCAGCCUCGUGCGAAACUCUGGGGUGGUAUUUCGCUUUCCUUAUUUCUGUCAGGCAGGGGAAGAAAAAAGAGUUUUUUCUCUGAGCUAGGUUGUUACGUAAAUAGUAAAUUGUUCAGUGUUUCUUUGUGAUGUUCGAUUGGUUGCUUGGGAAGAACCAGUCCUCUGAAAACGAGAAAGUGAUCAUCUCCAAUACACUCAAUAGCUGUUAAACGCAAUCUAAUUGGAUCAUUAAACUUAAAUGGACUUUAUUAUUAUAACUCGAUUAUCUGGUUCUUUCACAGAACAGUCGUAGGCGGGCCUAGUUUUGUUGCGUUUUGUA